AUGGAACAGAAUGAAAACGAAGGUAAUUUGUGCAUAACACAACUAAUAUUAAUCUGAAUAAACAUUGCUGUGUUUUUUUCGUCAAUCAAAGAUAACUAGUGCAAUAUGAAGAGAUUUUUCAUCUUUAGUGUGCUGUAAUCAUUUUACAGUUAUUUUUAACGCAGAAAAUACAAUAUUCACUAUGUAGUUAUGUCAAUUAUAACAUGGAGCUGCUAUCUCUUUUGUCUGACCGAAUUUCCGCCUGGAGGCUCGGCGACGGGAGAUAAAGGAAACGCAGGUAGGUAGACCUCCGAAGAGCUGGUCGCGAUCUAGCGGAUGGAUCUGUCUGUCAUCUUGAGCUCCUUUUUAACCGCUUGAUUAAUUUUUUCAAAGUUGAGAUCGAAUGGUCAGUGGAAUAUUGAGGCAAUAUGGCCCAUCCCUUUGCACCUCUCCCCGUUUUUCUUCGCGAGAAUAGGCCGCAAACCGGUCCAACCAAGCGCUGACCUUCUUGUUCCCCGCUGAUUCUCUUUCCUCCUUGUUCGAUCGUCGCGUUUUGCUGUGAUUUUUUUUGACAAACCUCGUUCUUAGUAAUAAUUAUUAGUGUUUAGACGACGAAGGCGAGUGCUGCACCGCUUCUACAUUGCCUGGAGACCCUUCACCGUGCAAUCAAGAUCAGGUGGAGGGGUUAAAUAACAUCGAUUCCAAAGGCGUAAGUCAAUAAUUCGAUUUUUGUCAAGUUUUUAGAUUGAAUACGGGUUUGAGACGGGUGACAGUCUGUCCAACAAACAGACAGGUAUCAGUGCGGUUUUCUGCAAGGACAGCGAGCACGGGUCCAUCAGUUCAUCUUCUCAAAGAGAUCAAGUUGUGAAGUCUGGGAUACCUGCAAGUAAUUUGGAAAAUAUUUUAAAUCCGGGUCUGACUGAUGAAUCUAAGGGUAUGACGAAUUCUUCAAGAACUUUUAGAGCUGGCGUAUGUUUUUUAAACAGUUUAUUCAAUUUUUAGGAACAUUGUAUACUGAAACUAACAAACGAACAUAUAUCAUGAUUUCGAGAUUUUAAAAUUUUAGGUAAUAAUUUGAUUAAUUUCAGGGGUUGGGUGUAAACUUCACCAGGUCACUUGCCGAAUGUCGGGCAAAAUUAACAGAACUGUUUGGGAUGGGCGAUCUCCAUUCAAACCAAGUGACCCAAUUGUUAACCAUGAUGCUGAUCGCAGACACAGGCCCAAAUGGCCAUCUUGACUUGGACGAAGGUUACCCAUGGGAUGCACACAUUCUCUACGCUGCUUUGGAGAAAUUGGUAUAUACCUGUUUUAAUGCUAGCGUUUUUUGAAAAUUGUUUUGUAGUGUUUUACAUUGAUAAGUUUUGAAUUUGAUUUACCUUUUCUUGAAAGUUUAUUUAUUUGUUAUUCAUGUUAUAGGCAUCGCAAGUUGAUUGGAUUGAAGUCAUCAAAGGAUUAGAUAACCCGUAUUUUAAUAUCAAAUCUCAUCAGAGUUACAAGUUUUUGUUUACUUUAUUGAAGUUGGCGUUUUCCGGCAAGGAGUUUCCGAUCUACUUGUUCUAUACGCCUUGGAAGAGCAACAAAACUGGACAUGUAAGAGAUCUUCUGUUUGUAUUAUUUGCUUUUUAGUUAUCACUUUUGUCGCAUUUGAUGCAAGACCGCGUUCUUGUGGAUUUGAGAGAAUACCCGCACACUUCGACCAAUAUUUCGUGUUUGAAAGUGGCACCGGAUGAGAAUGAUCGUGAUGUUAUUAACUGGAGAAUCACCGAACUUGUCGAAUGUGUUUUUCAAAUUGGAGAGAACACCGCCAAUGUUCAUAAUGCUUUCAGUUUGUUGAAAACUCCGUUGACAGUCUGUGCUGACAUUUUUUGUUUGACUGUAUCUCAACUACCGCCAAAGUCGUCACAGUUCAGAACGUAUAUAUUGAAGUUGGCUUUCAAUCAGCUACUUUCCGGCCAUCAGAAUGCAGUUUCUGUUUUGAAUCACAUCUGGGAGAAAAAUGAAGGUUACCGAAACCUAAUGUUAACAACUUUCACCGAAUACUAUGCUGCCCAUCCAGAUGAUCAGAACAGAUUGACCAAGAUACUGGAAAUUGCUCAUGAACUGAAGCCGAACGGUCUUGGAGAGUUGUUCAAGACCAGUCACUACUCGUUUUUGGUCGACCUGGCUUGUCUUGCUGCAAGGAGAGAUUUUUUGAAAUUGGACAAGUUUCUGGACGAUAAACUCAGCGAAAUUGGAGUAGGUGUUUAAUUUCUUUUAUGUCGCAUUGGUCUAGAAAUGUGUAGAAGCGUCUCGAUUAGGCGGGAUUUUUUAAUUUUGUUAAAGCAUACCUUAAGUUGAUAAUAAAGGUCGCUUAUAUUUUAGUUGUAAUCUAUUCUUUUUAGGAACCAUUUGCCAAACAUCUGGCUCAGUUCCUACGUCGAAAGUACAAUGCCUUGAAUCCGGAGAUUCUGCACAUUGUUUUCACUGCCUUACACUCAAGAAUACCUGCGAUGCCAUGGAUUGCGAAUGAUCUAUGUUUGUUGAACAAAAACCUGCUUCCUCCUAAUGUACAGACUCUUUACAAUUCAAAUGGUAGGCUAUCUAUUUAGAAAAUUAGGUUUUGUUUUAAAAAUAUUCUUAAUGGGGAUGAGGAAGAGUGGCCGUUUUUUCAGAUAAAAACAAAACAUUUACCAGUAAAUGCAUGAUGCUAUCGUAUUUUACAUGGAACGCGCUGCGCUUUUAAAAGAUAUGAAGCAUUAAAGGGCGUGGGAGAGGGUGGAUGGGGGAUGACUUGGGUCAGGGGAAAAAGAGAGUGGCGCCGCUGCCGAAAUGACUGAAGUGGUGACGGUAGAGGGAGAGCGCGAGAGAAACAACUACGCACCUCGGAAAGGGUCUCACUUCUCCUAAGUCUUGUUGCCUGCCCGGCUUUGUCUGACCCAGCCAGGCAGCCAGCCAGUCUCUUUGCCCCCUUCUUUCCUUUCCUUUCUUCGCCUUUCCAUCACUUUUUAUGCCUGUUCGGUGGCUGUGAGCUACAUUUGUGUAUAUUCGAAUUGUUUUCGACCAUGUCUCAUUGAAACAUUGGGGUUUUACAAUUGUUACUCACGUUCGUUUACAUUUUCCCCAUCUAUCUUGGGCUGUUAUGAUACGAAUUUGGGCGCGUUUCCAAUGUCUUGGCUGUUUGUUUUAUUUUGCAUGUUUUGAAAUCUCAAUGCGACCUUUAACAACUGUCAUAUGAACGUUUAGGGAGUCCUUUGGGAAGCUGGGAACACGCCACGAGUAUUUUUGUUUUAUAUAGCUUAUGCUGUGACCCACGCCCAGUGCCGAACCCUCAAUCAGCUUUUUGCUAUCAUGCGCGCCACGUGUUUUCGAUUCACAAAUAAUACACCAACAUUAUAGAUUUAUCAGUUUUUUUUGUCAUUUGACGGGGUUCUUUGCUGUUUAAGUCUUCUCUGGGAACUCUAACAUUAAGUUUAAGCGUGCUGCCAUUAGGGUCCAAAUUUGAAUAUUUAAAUCGGCUUUUAGAAUUCUUCAAAUUUUGACAAUGAUUGAUCAGAUCAGUAAUAUCACUUUAUUUUUAGGACUAUUAACAAGAUCAACCUCGACUGUGCCACGUUCUAUGGAAUUCCGGCCGACUGGCCGAGAUAUGGGACAAAGUGGGGGUGGUCCUACGCCUGCCUCCGUGAUGGCCUCUGGGUAUGCGGCGGACGACGACCUCACGAAUGCUGUAUUCUCAGAAGCCAUCCAAACCCAAGCCAACUCGUACUUCCAACAGAUCUACGAUUGUAGUAACCCAUUACCGGUAAAUGAGUUUCUUCGCACGAUGAAACGCUUCUCGAUGUCAACGAAUUCGCAAGAAAAGGUAAGGUUUAUGGAUAAAGACGUUUAAUUUGGUUUAGGACCUUCUGUCAUGCCUUCUGAAGAACCUUUUCGACGAAUUCCGAUUCUUCGCCGAGUAUCCAGAACGAGAACUUAAAACGACGGCCAAAGUCUACGGUGGCAUUAUCCGAGAAGGCAUCGUGUUGAACAUGAAAUUUGCCACGGCGAUUCGAAGGAUUCUGGAAGCCUUAAAUGCACAGAAAGGCACCCUUCUGAAUAUGUUCGGUAUCGUCGCUGUCAACGAGUGCCGAGCGAUGCUUCACAACUACACCAAGAUUUGUCAAACUAUUCACGGAUAUCAGGCAUUUGAAUGGUUUCCAGAAGACCUGAAGGACUACAUCACGAGUGGAAUCCAGGGCUCUCUACCGCCCAAUCAUGUAGCCCAGAGCGAACUUCUGUUGAUUAAUGAGAACGCUAGGACGACGCCGCAGAACGCCUUUCCACAACCGACGACACCGGUUUCUGGCAUGCGGUUCGCUCCCAAAAACAACACCGUAAGUUAAUCAAUAUCUCAAAACAUAAUUUUAAAUAUAUUCAUAUUACUUUUAAAAUCUAACUACAUAUUUUUUAUAUUAUAUACCGGAUUUUCAGGGUCAAUCCUUGUGUGCCACGAAUUGUGAAUCACUGAUUCAAGCAACGAGGGCUGAAGGCCGCGAGAUCGAAGCUCCGGAUAGUACGGUUGAAGAACGGGUAUCUUUUCUUUGUAACAACCUGAAUCUGUCCAAUCUAACGAGCAAAUGCGAGGAGAUGAAAGAAAUAAUCCGAUCUCAGAAUAGGGACACUUUAAUCCCUUGGCUGGCCCAGCACCUUGUGAUGAAGCGUAUCACAAUAGAGCCCAAUUACCAGAAUCUGUAUAAUAAUUUCCUGAUCUCUUUGAAGGACGAACGACUGGAUGAAGCCAUCUUGGUCGAAACCUACAGAUCCAUCCACGUGCUGCUACGUUCGGACAUGAGACGAGCAGCGUCCAACUUCACAGACAGAAUGCUACUGAAAAACCUUGGCUUUUGGCUGGGUUUAAUUACAAUCGCGAGAGAUGGACCGAUUUUGUACGAUGAGCUCAACAUCAAAGGUCUUCUAAUGGAUGCCUUCUUCCGAGGACAACAUGAGCUACUGUAUGUGGUGCCUUUCGUGACAAAGGUUCUAGGUUCGACGGCAAAAUCUGUUGCAUUCUCACCUCGGUGUACAUGGAUUAACGGAAUUCUGAAAGUUUUGGCUGAGAUUCACAACGAACCGGACCUGAAGCUGAAUUUGAAGUUCGAGAUUGAGGUGUUGUGCAAAGAACUACAGAUUGAACUGAAAGACAUCGAAAUCACAGGAGUUUUGAAAGAUCAAAGCAGACUGCCGAGUCUUUUCCCUCAACGAAGGGGCUUCGACGAUGUUUCCCCAACCAUCAACGGCUUUGCUUCUCACUACAGAACACCGACGGAAGGCCUGGAGUCUCAACGAAUCCAGAUUUCAUGUAAGUCGUUAGCAUUCUUUAUAAUAUUCUGUUUUUAGCGCUCAUGUCAAGUUCUCUGCCAAAUUCUGGGACAGCUGGAUACUCGCAAUCACCAUCCCUUCAAGGAUUCCAGCCUGGAACAACACCAACUCAGCCCAGUAUUGGCUCCGGCUUCGGUUCUGCCAACAGUAACCACUACCAACCAUAUGUGGACAACAAUGGUGACAACCAGUGGUCUCAGUUCUUGAGCAAUAUGGACAUGAUUGUUGGGCAGAUUCAGGUUUCCAAUCAGAUCAAGGUUAUGAUCAAGCUCGCCAUCAAUCAGGCUGUCAAAGAGAUCGGUGGCGGAAUCACUGAUCGUUGCAUCGGUAUUGCGACAACCGCUACCGAAGCCCUUGUACGAAAAGACUUUGCCAUGAACUCUGAUGAAGUUCAGGUCAGGAAGGCUGCUCAACACAUGAUGAGGACUAUGACUGUCGGUAUUACCAUGAUCAAUUGUCGAGACCCCUUGGUGCAAGCUAUGCAGACUUAUCUCCGAAGCUUGUUGAAUCAGAGUAACUCUCAAAACGAACUUCACAAGAACGCUGAAGACGUCUUGGCUAGUGUUACUGAAGCAACCAUCGACUGUGCCACCAACUAUGUUGUCAGUUGCGCUUGUGAGAAGGGUCUUCGCGAGAUUGACAGAAAAAUGGACAAGGAGUACAUGAAUAGAAAGAUGUGUCGCCAAGAAGGCCGUCCUUUCAAAGCCGACCCUUCUUUGGUCAGUUUAAGUCAUAUGCUGCCAGAAAAGCUGAAACGUCUGCCUGGAGCUAACGAUGAAUCCAACUUUAAGGUGUACGAAGACUUCCAGAAGCAAGUUGAACUAAACUCCACCGAAGCCCCAACCGACAAUGCCGAAGACUUCAGAAGAGCUACUAGCCAAUUCGAACGCGCUCCGUCUGCGUCGCAAAUGGAGUAUGCUAAUCGGCUGGUCAAUCAAGUACCAGCUGCUCGGCCUAGACCAGCUUCUGUCGAAAACUUGGCCAACUUUGCGAACGGAAACGGCGAUGUGAAUUCUCUGAAUGCUAACCGACCAGCCUCCUUCAUCAACCCGAUCGAACAACGUCGUGGUGGCGGCGGAGACGAGUUCCAGAGCAAGGUCGAGUCCAUUCUUCGAGAGUGGAUCAACAUGUGCAACCAACACAUUGCUCCCCAGGCCGCUCUAACUACCAUCGUCAACAUGAUGCGCGAGAAUGGCAUCUUGGUCACCGAUGACAUGAUCACGCAGUUCUUCAAGGUCUGCGCCGACAUCUGCUUUGACGUUGCUUACCGGCUUCUAAAGUGUCAAGACCUCGCUCAGAUCAAUUUCAACGUCAAACAAAGAUGCUACUUUACUUUGGAUGCGUUUGUACGAUUGACCUGUCUGAUGAUCAAGUACUCGGCCGAUGGAAACCACGGUACCAAGCUGAAUCUCUUGAGACGUGUCUUGUCCAUCAUUACCCAAGCAGUGAUGUCAGACCACGAUCAGAAACAGACCGACUUCAAUGGGAUGCCAUUCAUGAGGAUAAUUAUUCAGAUGUUCACCGAGUUGACGGCUGAGGACCCAGCGUUGGAAGCCAUCUCUUGGGACAUCGUGGAGUGCUUCUUCCAGUCACUGUUCUUGAUUCAGCCUCGAAGAGUGCCUGGCUUCGUGUUCCACUGGCUGGAGAUCAUGGGACACAGAAUCGUGUUGACCAGACUGUUUGGUGGUCGCUACGACUUCCAGCGAUCUUCUGGUAUCUACAUCCAGUUGUUCAUGUCACACCUCCGAUUCCUUGGCCCGUUUCUUAGGUCUGCUCGGAUUCACCCGAACAUCCACGACAUCUACAAAGGUACUUUGAGGAUCAUGUUCGUCAUUCUACACGACUUCCCUGAGAUCCUUUGUGAAUAUCACUACGUUCUCUGCGAUGUCAUUCAACCGAACUGCAUUCAGCUGAGAAACUUGGUGCUGUCGGCGUAUCCAAAAGAUACCGUAAUGCCUGACCCCAUCAACUUGCUCAAAGAAAACGUAUGUUAUUUCUCUUUUUUUAAAUUUUAUCUGCAAUAUUCAACUUAAUAUUAGGUUCUAAUGUGGUUAUUUUAGAUCGAAAAGCUGCCUGAGAUGAACGAAGAUCCCAAGUUGCACAGAGAGAUGUCGACCUUGAUUCCAAAAGAAAUUGGAGAGAAGCUGGACGACUACUUGAAGCGUCGUGUUCACGUCAGCUUCUUGGCCGAACUUCCGAGCAUUCUUAUGUGCACUCCAUCGCCAGGUUGCAAGUACAACAUAGCCACAGUGAAUGCUGUAGUCGUACACGUUGGCACUCGAGCUAUUGACCAGCUCCACGAGAAGAACUUGAACAUCAACAUGAACAACGUCAUGAACACUGCUUUCAUGGACAUCUUCCAGAGUUUGGCUGCCAGUUUGUGCACCCAAGGACGAUACUUACUGUUCAACGCCAUCGCUAAUCAGCUACGGUACCCAAAUUCGCACACCAAUUACUUCUCUUGUGUCAUUCUGGUGCUGUUCUUGCACGCCCACAACACCGAGGUUCAAGAACAAAUCACGAGGUAAGGUUUAUCUCUGGCUAAUCUAAACGAUUAUUGCUUUAAUUUGUCCUGUGUUAAGUUUUCUUUUUGUAUGUUACAGUUAAUUUGGUACUUUAUAGGACACUUUUCGAGCGAUUGGUUGCCCAGAAGCCUCAUCCAUGGGGCCUGUUGGUCACUUUUGUAGAACUGAUCAGAAAUCCACAGUACAACUUCUGGAAACAUAACUUUGUGCAUUGUGCGACAGAAAUCGAAGGGUACGUUUUUAAGCUCUGAUUAUACAAAGUUACGGCGUAUUACCGAAAAAAAUAGUCGCGAUUUUGAUACCAUAUUUGACGCUUUGCAGCAUGUUGAUGAAUGUCGCACAAUCGGUGCAGGCAGACCAAGUUGGUAUUCGCGCUAACCUCCUCAACACCAUCGCCAACCGUCGCCCACAACAAUAA